UUAUGUAUAUUUAUAUACGGUAUCUCCAAUAAUUUCAGUGCUAAAUACAUGUUUACAAUAUCCAGUAAUAAUGUUAUCUAAAUUUAAGUCUGCAACAUUCAAAACAAAAGACGAAUUAGGUAUUUUACGACAACCAAAACCAAGAUUGUUCUACAACAUGGUGGACGAUUUACCAUGUGGGUUGUGUUGCAGUGACCAUAUACUGAAUUGAACUGUUCUUUCCACAUGACGGACUUGACAGCAGCCACAAUGGAAGAAGGAGACUUUUUAACAGGAGAUCAUGUUCUCCAGGCCAGCGAUGAGGAGGAGGAUCAUGUGGAAGCUGACCGGAAACAUGCCAAGCUCCUGGACUCCAUCUCCGCUCUGGAUGGAAAGAGAAGGUCCAAGCUGUCAGAGAGAACCGUUCUCACAGAGACGGUGUCAGAGUUUGGAUUCAGCCAGGCCAGAGCUGAGAGGAAGGUGCGCCUACAUGAGCUGAUCGGCAGCCUGCAGCACACCACGAGUCACGGCGAGCUGAAGAAGCAGCUGCGAGCUGUCCACAGACGAACCAAGGUCGCCCCUGUUCCUCUGUCUAAAGUGGAGGAAACCAAGAUCCAGAGAACUACAGCCUAUGAGAAGACCAAGGAUGACCUCACCAAGUGGAACUCAGUUGUUGCUGACAACAGAAAAGCCGAGCAGAUCUCGUUCCCUCUGCAGCAGCCCAGCUUGAAGCUGCAGACAACAGAUGAAGUCAAGACCAGAUACAAGCCCCGCACGCCCCUGGAGAUGGAGAUUGCAGCACUGCUACAGAAACACAGCGACAGCGUUGGCAGCCGUGACAAGGAACUAACGCCAGCAGAGGAGCGGGCUCUCAAUGCCAUGAGUCUGGAAGAGGCCCAGGAGAGACGAGCGGAGCUGCAGAAGUACCGGGCACUGCUGACAUACAAGCAGGCAAGGGCAAAGAGGGAGAAGAAGAUCAAGAGUAAAAAGUAUCACCGUAUCCUGAAGAAGGAGAAGUUGAAGCAGGAGAAGGCACGGCUGGAGGAGCUGCAGCGUAUCGACCCUGAGGCCUACGUGGAGAAACUGCAGCAGCUGGACAGGGACAGGGUGCAGGAGAGGAUGACCCUGAAGCACAGGGGAGGCAGCAAGUUUGCUCAGAGACAGAAGAUCUACGGCAAAUAUGAUGACAGGAGUAGAGAUGCUGUACAGAGCAUGAUACAGAUGAACAAAGAGCUGACCAAGAAGACCCAGCUGGAGGAAGAUGGCAACAGUGACUCCGAAGGUGGCGUCAGCAUGCACAGUGACGGGGAAGAAGAGAUGAUUGUCAGUCAGCUUGGCAUGGCCAGGGGAGAUAACCCUUGGAUGACUGCACGACCCAAAGUGUCUGAGUUUCAGAGGCCUGGGACUGUCAACAAUACUGAGCAGGGCACGGUCUCUGAUGAGGGAGAAGCCAGUGAAGUGGAGGAACAACAGGAUGGUCCAGAGGAAGAGCAGGAUGAGGUGGAGGAAGAAGACCAGGAUGCACCAGAGGAAGAAGAUGAGAGUGAAGAUAAUGACACUAGUAAUCUUUCUAAAGAAAGGAGUUCAGGUGUGACAUCAAACAAGAGAAAAUCGGAAAGCGACAGUGAAAAAACAGAAGUUGUAGCUUCUUCAAAAAAUAAGAGAAAGAGAAGAAAGAGGAAGAAAGUAAACAACAGUGAUAAGGGGGACAAGGGGAAAGGGGAUACCAUAGACUCCAUAUUUAGUCAUUUGAGUGAAUCACGGUUACAAAUUGCAAAAAUGUUAGAAUCAGAUGAAAAGGAGAUAAGUGGUAAGAAAAAAAAGAAGAAGAACAAGAGGAAGAAGAGUAACCAUGGAGAUGGUGAAAUGGACUCAAAGAAGGAGAGUGAUGAUGAGGAAGAUGGUGAUUUGAUGGAUCUGUCUCUAAACAGAAAAAAGACGUUAGAGGAUAUGGAGGGAGAUUUUGAGGAGAGUGGAAAACAGAAGGGAAGCUCCAAGUCUGGGGGAAAGAAGUUGAAAACGGAGAGUGGGCCCACAGAAAAGACCAGGACUGAAGAUGUGUUUGUCGACCCCAAGAAGCUGUUUACUCUGGAGACAAAGCUGUCUCAUUCAGCCGCUGUUGACAUAAUCACGGACGAAGAUGGAGGGAUGGACUUCGAGGAGCAACAGAGGAUGACAAUUGCUCAAGCGUUCGCGGAUGAUGAUGUGGUUGAUGAGUUCACAAAGGAGAAGGCAAACAUCGCAGACCGAGACAAACCCAAGAGUAUAGACUUGUCGCUGCCAGGAUGGGGGGAGUGGGGAGGAACGGGACUGAAGCCAUCGAAGAAGAAGAAAAAGAGGUUUACACUGAAGGGUCCUGAUGCAGCCCCGAGGAGAGAUCGGGAUCUGGGUAAUGUCAUCAUCAGUGAGAAGCUGGACGACGCCAUCGCAAAACAUCAGGUUGCCCGACUGCCGUUCCCCUACACCAGCCCUCAACAAUUCGAACAGAGCAUCAGAGCACCUGUUGGCAAGAACUGGAACCCUGAGACAGCCUUCCGCAAGAUGAUCCAACCCAAGGUGCUCACAAAGCUGGGAACUGUCAUCAAGCCUAUUGACAAAUCUGAGGUUUUUGAGAAAGAGAAACAACAGCCUGAAAGUACUGCUGCAAUGAAGUUUGGCCAAACUGAUGGGAAGAAAAUGUCUGCCAAAAGAAAAAGGAAAGGAAAAUGAUUAAAAAAUGUAAAGAAAAUUGUAUAUAAAUGAUGAAAUAAACCAAAAACAUCC